UAUUAAACGCUUUAAGAUACAAAUUUUUAUCAGGUUUAUAAGUAUUAUACUUCAGCGAAAAUGAGAAUAAAGACACAACUGUUUGAUUUCCUUAAACAAAUAUGAAGUACAUUCAAAGCGAGCCAAAUUCAACCAAACCACCAUCUAUGCAUGAACUUGUUUAAAUCUUAAUAUACACUAAUUGUAUGGAAAUAAAAGUAUAGAUAAUGCAAAACCGAUUCGACCAGACGUCUUUUUCCAAAGAAUCCGAUAAACUUGUUGACAAACUGUCAGAUAAAAAGUUGAUAACUCGAAAACAUUUAACUUUUCAACCAACUAACACUGUUGAUAAUCUACCUGAGAAAAGUUUAUCUGAAGUCUGGGAGCUACAAACUUUACAAGAACAACAAGAUGAAUUCGACAGCCUUACAGAACCUAAAACUGAAUCCUUUCAAAAUUCUUUAAAUAAAAUGUCAUCUGAGGAGAUUCUUCCAAAGCUUAAAUCUUGUGAAAUGACAAAAACGAAACGUGGAAGUAUUAAAGAGGUGGCGGAGAAAUUACGUCAUCGUUAUCAUUCUGUUGGAUUAUUGAACACUUUGAACUCUCUCACUUCUUAUACACGUAAUAUCAGUAAUAAUAAUAAUAACAAUGAGACAUGCUCAGCGAGUAAACCCUAUACGUCAUCAAGGCAGUUGGAUAAUUCAUUACAUCAUCGAAAUUCCCGUAGAUAUACUAUAAAUGUAACUAACGAUAAAAAUGAUCCGAAGAGUCAAGAGCUAGUUGAAGAGGCGACAACCUGUAUGGGUAUUGGUGGAGAUAAUUCUAUCCUUGAUGAAAUCCAAGAACCUUUAUCAUCGGAUGGAUUUACCUCACAUCGUCAUAGUAUAAAUAUGCUUAACACUAAUAACAGUAAUAAUAAUAAUAACAAUAAUGCUAAUAAUAGUAUCAAUAAUAGUAGUAAUCUGAUCAUUGUACGUGAUCGAGCCUGGUCAAUGUAUAAUCUAAAAGAACAGUUCAUCUCAUUUUUUCAACCAUCGGAUAAUAAAUUAGCCUUGAAAUUGUUUGGCAACAAAGUUGCAUUAGCUUGUGAAAAACGUAGACAACGGGAACAAGGUAAAUGGAUUAUACACCCAUGUAGUAAUUUCCGAUUCUAUUGGAAUAUUAUCAUGCUCAUUUUGCUAAUGGCUAAUCUGAUCAUGUUGCCGGUGAUUAUCUCCUUUUUCAAUGAUGAUCUACCUGGAAAUUGGCUUAUUUUCAACAGUAUUUCAGAUACUUUAUUUAUAUUGGAUAUACUUGUGAACUUUCGUACUGGUAUUAUCAGAAAUGAUUUUGUUGAUGAUAUAAUACUGGAUCCUACAGAAAUUGCACGUGAAUAUGUGAAAACAUGGUUUUUUCUUGAUUUAAUUAGCUCAAUACCUAUGGAUUAUGUUUUAUUUGCUUUCAAAGGAUACGAACAAGGUGAACGUGCUGAACAUCUUGUCCAAGCAGGUCGUGCAUUACGAAUACUACGAUUAGCAAAACUUCUAAGUUUGUUAAGGCUGCUACGUCUUUCACGCUUAGUUCGUUAUAUUACUCAAUGGGAAGAGUUCAUCAAUAUUGCAAGUAAAUUCAUGGGAAUAUGUAAUCUAGUCCUGAUCAUGUUGAUAUUAGGCCAUUGGAAUGCAUGCUUACAAUUUCUUGUACCAAUGUUAAUGGAUUUCCCUGUAGACAGUUGGGUUAGUAAAGCCCGUUUACAGAAUGCCUACUGGUUUGAACAAUAUACAUGGGCAUUAUUCAAAGCACUUUCACAUAUGCUUUCAAUUGGUUAUGGACGUUAUCCACCAAGUUCACUGCCUGAAGCAUGGAUCACUAUUAUUAGUAUGAUGACAGGGGCUACAUGUUAUGCAUUAUUUGUUGGUCAUGCUGCUGCACUGAUACAAUCUUUUGAUGCUUCAAAGAGAAAAUAUCGUGAAAUGUUAAAACAAGUUGAAGAGUACAUGGCGUAUAAAAAGUAUCCAAGAGCACUAAGAAGACGUAUUGCUGGUUAUUAUGAGCAUCGAUAUAAGGGGAAAAUGUUUAAUGAGAAAGAAAUUCUUGGCGAAUUGUCAGAAUGUUUACGAGAGCAAAUUAUCAAUUAUAAUUGUCGUGCCUUAGUAGCAUCUGUUCCAAUCUUUGCUAAUGCUGAUCAGAAUUUUGUAUCUGAAGUUAUUGUCAAAUUGAAACAAGAAGUCUUUCAACCCGGUGAUUUAAUUAUUAAAGAAGGAACCUAUGGAACUAAAAUGUAUUUCAUUCAAGAAGGUGUUGUGAAUAUUAUUACAAAAGAUGGUGUACUGGCUACAAGGUUAUCAGAUGGAUGUUAUUUCGGAGAAAUAUGCUUACUAACCAAUGCACGACGUGUAGCAAGUGUUGAGGCGGAAACCUAUUGUACCCUCUAUUCACUGGAUCAAAAACACUUCUACGAUGUACUGGAGAAUUAUCCAGAAAUGAGAGUAACGCUAGAAAAGGUUGCCACUGAACGCUUACAAUCACUUGGUCGGCGAACAUCAAUUCUACAGUCAACAAAUAAUGUAAAUGAACAGUCGGAUUAUGCGCUGAAAAUUGCUGAUGAGGUAAUCACCAUUGUGUCUACUUAUAGGGUGGCGUUAUGCUCAAUUUUAUUCUAUUUCAUACUAGGGUUGUAUGAAUAAUUAUGUCUUAUUUCUCAAUUUGUACUAGUGUGGGAUUCGAACCUCAGACCUAUACUACGAUAUAUUAGGAGGUUUAGAUAUUAUGGAGAAGAUUUCUAGCUCAGGUGGAUGAUUUUGAUGUGUUUGUGAAGCUUUCAUUGCCCCUUAAUGGGCAACAUCUUCAGCACAUACUUCAAUUCGAUGGGGUGAGCUUUCAGAUUUCUCCACGAGUUUAUUAGUCACCUCUCCUGGUGACGACCUUGAACGUGUUUUGUUUUCGUGUAGUUCACAUUCUCUAGGCUGCUUGUAUCGGUGUUGAUUGUUUCCUUGACCUGAAGUUUGAACCAAGUCAAGAAAACAAUCAGUUCCAAUAUAAGACGCCUAGAGAGUGUAAGAACACACGAAAACAACCAAUCACUUUCAGGGUCACCACCGGUAGAAAUGACUAAUAAACUCGCGGAGAAAUCUGGAAGCUCACCUCACUGAAUCGAAUUAUGUUCUGAAGUUGUUGCAUAGUAUGGCGAGCAAUGAAAGCUUCGCACCUACAAACCAUCCAGUUCAGAGAACACAACCACAUCAAAAUUAGGAGGUUUAUUUUAUCCUUUAACUCCAAAAUACUUUUUUUUCAAUACUCGACAAGAGAACAGUUGGUUAGCCGAUAUAAAAGAACACUUUGACUCUUCAAAAUAUGAAAUAUAUUUCGGCACUCAUACGUCUUACCAGUGAUCCAUGCUUUACUACUUAGACAUAGUCCAACAACAACUGAACAUAAUUCAACGAAGUGUCAAAUUUUCUGGACGUCAUUACCUUCAACUUAAACAAUCGGCCAACAAUACAAAGGUCAGCUACUUAUCUCCAGUUCUAACGGUAUUUAUGCCAGUAAACUGCAAUUUUUGUAAUGAACAUCAGGAAUUACCUCUAUUUCAAGUUUCACCAGUGAUUAAUAUCGGUUAGAAAGCUGGUGGCAGAGCAGUUGUUUCGACCUUGUUUGCGAUUCUUCAUUAAUAUGCACCCACAGAGGUUCGAACCCAAGACCUUCCGGUUACAUGUCAAGCUCGUAGAACAUUUAGCCACUGGGACCCGAUACAGUAGCCUAUGAUCUGAUGCCUACUAGUGACUGGCCAUAGGAUAAAGUUGUCUGGAGUCAGUUCUAUUGAGAGAUUGUGACCUCGGAUCAAUUCCUUAACGUAUCUAGGAAGCAUUGUCUCAACCACAGGCAGUUAGGAAAUCUUCAAGACUAACUGUUAAGGAAAAAAAUUUUGAAUUUCAACACCAAUGUUAAGUCAGUCACUGUUUCUAUAUAGGUCAGUAACCUGGUGCGUCGUCGAACAGUCUACUGAAGACAUUAUCAACACCUUCAUUCGCUGGCUCCAUAUUGGAGAUCAGAUAGCCAGAAGGUAUUAGGAACCAGAAACUCUUGGGAGGAACCAAUCAAGAACCUGUUCCUGAAUAAAUGCAGAUGAACUGAACACACUCUGGGCAGAUCACCUAACGCCAAGCCAGUGGUUGGGUGGAACAUGAAUAGGAAACGGCGAGAAGGGUGUUAGUGUGAGUGAUACAUGUAGGAGAUCAUGUGAGGAUUAUUUACGAGUCUAUGGGCAUUCGUAGGGGCAGCUGAAGAGGACUCCAGAGAACAGGGUACAGUGGCGAUGUGCUGUUGAAGCCGUAUGUUGCACUUGAAACCCAAAGCAAUAAUUAUGAAAUAAUAAUCAACUACUCAGUACUUGUAAUGCUCCACAGAUUCUUUAACUGAUAUUGUGUCUUGCCUAGAACUACUCUGAAGGAAAUUGGAUGCAAGCAGACCGGCCGUAUUAGAUUCAUUUUUUAAGAACAUCAUUUAUUGUUGUGUGCUUUUUUGUGUAAACAAAACUUACCUCAAACAAUCGAUUUUACCCGUUAUAUUUUUUAAUGAUAUUUUACUUACAGGUUAUAAAACAUCAG